AUUGUGUGUGCUGGUACUUGUUUCAUUCUUGAAAUCUAAUUCUUCGGAAAUGAUCAAAGCUAUACUCGUGUUUAACAAUCAUGGAAAACCUCGUUUAUCCAAAUUCUACCAAUAUUUUAAUGAAGACAUGCAACAGCAGAUUGUUCGUGAAACUUUUCAGCUUGUUAGUAAGCGCGAUGAUAAUGUCUGUAAUUUCCUUGAAGGUGGAAGUUUGAUAGGAGGAUCUGACUAUAAAUUGAUCUAUCGCCAUUAUGCUACUUUAUAUUUUGUGUUCUGUGUUGAUUCCUCUGAAUCUGAGUUAGGUAUACUAGAUCUCAUUCAGGUAUUUGUUGAAACCUUGGAUCGCUGCUUUGAAAAUGUUUGUGAACUGGAUUUGAUAUUCCAUGUGGAUAAGGUUCAUUACAUCUUGAAUGAGUUAGUCAUGGGAGGAAUGGUUUUGGAGACCAACAUGUCUGAAAUUUUAAGUCGGAUAGAGGAUCAAAAUAAACUAGAAAAAUCAGAAGCAGGGCUUAUUAGCCUCAAGAAUGUGAAUCUUCCUAAUUUACCCAACAUUCCUCAGCAGAUAAAAGAUAUUAAACUUCCAGAUCUACCUCAAGCUAUCAAAGACUUAAAGUUCUAAUGAAAUGGCUCUCAAUUCUAAAUAAUUUUUGCUGUAUUCAAAUACACCAUACGUUUAAA